AUGGACGCCGCACAGCUGAUCGCCUCACGUCCGGAAGUGUCGCUGGAGGCCAAGCACAGCAGCGACAGCGGCAAGCACCACGACAUCAAGGAAGGAGAAGAUGGAAAGAAGGGCAGGAGGCGGAUGAAUAAGAAGAAGGAUGAAGGGAACGGUAAGAGGAGGAAGAAGCUAAGUAAGAUGAAGCACUACUGGCUGGGCAAAGCCAAGGAGGCCAAGCCCGAUAGCGAAGAGGACACCGGCCACACCGAGCCCGUUGUCACAAGCACCGAAGACACCAUCGAAGCUGCCGCGCCGGUCCGUCCCGAGCCCUCCAAGCAGGAACUCAUUGCCGCCAUGGAGAGCGUCGUGGCCACCCUGGGCGACAGGGCCAAGUUCGAGGAGAGUGGCGUGGACUCGGUGCUGGCUUUGAUGCGCGUCUACUCCAAGGACCCGCUCGUCCAGGCCGAGAUCUGUCGGCUGGUCAUGGACCUCGCGGCCACGGCGCGCAACCGGGCCAAGAUCAGGGAAGCGGGAGGCAUCCUGUUGGUCGUGCUGACCAUGCAGACCCACAUGAAGGAGCACAACGUGCAGACCUGGGCAAGCGGCGCCCUCCGCAAGCUCGCCAUCGAUCCGCUCAAUCGGCAGCGGAUUGUCGACAUCGGCGGCAUCGAGUGCAUCCUCUCUGCGAUGCUCCAGCACCCCGACAAGGCCAACCUCCAGGAGCAGGGCUGCGCAGCUCUCUACAACUUGUCCCUGGGCGAGGGGCGCCCGUCUCACAAGUACUUGGCUGCAGAGACUGGACGAGUCGAGAUCCAGCAGAACGGAGGGAUCCCAGUGGUCAUCCGCGCCAUGAAGAACUUCAGGGAUCACCCGGGAGUGACGGCCAUGGCGGCGGGAGCCCUCGGCAACAUUGCCUUCGAUGACCAGAACAAGAACUGGGUGCGUGACUACGGAGGGCUGGAGCUGAUCAUCGACGCCCUGGUGCACCACACCGACGACGAGGUCGUCGAGCGAUCAUGUGGCGCCCUGCGCAUACUCUCCCGCAACUCCAUCAACGCGUUGGACAUUGCGCGCGAAGGGGGCAUACCGGCUCUACUGCAGGUCAUGGAAACGCACCGGCACCACCACCUCAUCCAAGAGUACAGCGCGGCUUGCCUCCAGAACCUGGCCGUCGACGAUUUUAUCAGGGACCGAAUCGUUGCCAGAGGCGGGGUGCGGCGCAUCGUCAAGGCCAUGUACGAACACCCGACCGAGGCUCCUCUUCUGGCACAGUGCUGCGCCUCGCUAAUGAACUUCGCCACCACGGACACCAACCGCCUGGUCAUGCUUUCUGAGGGGGCCGUCGAGGCCGUGCUCUUCGCCAUGCAGAUCAAGGAGAACGCGGCCAUCCAAGAACACAGCUGCGCUAUGCUGGCCAACAUGGCUUUGAAUGGCAAGUGCGCAAUGAAGAUCUCUGAGGAGGGCAUCAAACCCAUCCUGAGCGCCAUGGCCACGCACUCGGCCAAUCCGAGUGUCCAGGAGAAGGCCUGCGGGGCGAUCCUCAACCUCUCCGAGUUUGAUGUGGUGCGGCGACGCCUGAACAGGAAGCACGCGGCGCAGGCGAUCAUGGAGGCCAUGGAAAACCAUCCACACCACGAGGGCGUGCGCAAGUACACCUCGGCCGCCCUCCUGCGCAUCAUGAGCGACGAAGGCAAGACAGUUCCUCCCACCUUCUAA